AUGAGGAGGGCUGCUGUGCUCCAACGAGCGAACACAAGAUCACGUCUGCCAGGCGCUUUCAGCGCAUCAUCUCCCUUUGCGCGGGGCCAAAUCAGAAGAUUAAGUGCAGAGGGAUGCAACCGCAUCAGCUGCACCACCACAAGACUGGCGGCUGCACCCGUCACGAUGGCGUGGAGCAAGAGAGGCCUCGCCUCAUCUUCAGACAGCGCCGAGGAGCAGCGUGCGAUGAACGUGUUCAAUCGACAUGUGAAGCGAUUGCAGCGCGACCGUGCCGCCGCCGACCCCGAGUCGCAGGACUACGACUACCUCAGGAAGGAGAUCGCCGCACGUCUUGCCGAUCGCCUCAACGACAUAUUGGACAGGGAGUUCCCGUCGGUGCUGGCCUUGGGCGGGGCUGCGGCCGGUGUGGCCGAGCACCUGCAAGAGAUCCCCGGCGUCAAGAGGAUUGUACAGCUCGACUCCUCGCUCAAACCUGAGCGCGUGGUGGCCGACGAGGAGCUGAUUCCCUUCGAGGAGGGCACCUUCGAUCUGGUCAUCUCCAACCUGGCGCUGCACUGGGUCAACGACCUGCCGGGCGUGCUGGCCCAGAUCCGGCGCGUACUCAAGCCCGACGGUCUCUUCCUGGCCUCCAUGUUCGGCGAAGAGACCCUGUGGGAGCUCAGGAAUGCAUUCCUGGUGGCCGAGCAGGACCGCGACGGAGGGAUCUCCAAUCAUGUCUCGCCUUUCGCCGGUGUGUCGGAUGUCGGGGACCUCUUGACGCGGGCCAAGUUUGCGCUCCCCACAAUUGAUCAAGAGGAGGUGGUGGUGGAUUUUGCCGAUGCAUUCACGCUCAUGCGCGACCUGCGAGGGAUGGGCGAGAGCAACGCGCAGCACUUCCGGCGGCCCUACGUGCCCCGCAGCACCAUGUACGCCGCUGCGGCCGCGUACAAGGCCCUCUACGGCAAGGAGGACGGGCGAGUGGUGUACAUGAUCGGGUGGUGUCCGCACGAGUCGCAGCAGAAGCCCAAGGAGCGUGGCAGCGCCCAGUUCUCGCUCAAGGAGUUUGCCCACUCGGUCGGCGAGCUCAAGGUGGUCGACGACAACGGCAACGAAAUCGCGCCGGCCCGACCCGGUGAAGGCCCUGAAGCCGGCGGCGGCGACCACUCCUGUGGCCGCCACUAA